AUGUCUGACAUCGAAGGGUCGUUUAGUGACAUCAUUGCUAGACUGUGUGAGGCAAUCCUCAGAUACAGCAUCCGUGGUAAAGACGGGAAAAUGCCUGAAAGCCAUCUGGAUGGUAACCUUCCUAAAGAAGAGGUGUCGGGCUACGUCAAUGCCACCCUGGACCGCCUAAUUGACCAGUUCCAAUCGGUGGUCGAGCUAAGUACGAACAUCGAUGACGAAGGUGACGAUAGAAACGCCAUUGUCGAUGACGACGCAAUGAUUGAAAAGUGGGUAGCUGAGGCUUUCUGCGAUACACACGGCGAAAAGGAGGAGAGGCAUAAGGUAGAGACAAAGGGCAAGACUGAAAAAUCUAACCAGAAGCCAUCGGGUGUCCGCACAGUAGGGACACAGGUCAAGGAAAGACGGGCGGAGAAGAAGGAUAAAGAAGGACAAACAGAACUGAGCGAAACAUUCAUAGAAAAGCUUGACAGGGGUGAACAGACAGAAAAACGAUUUACUGGCAUGACUGGUGAUGAAAAGCUUAUCAGGGAGCUACGAGAUGAGAAUCGUUUGCUUCAAGGAGAAGUGUUUGCCUUGGAAUCAGAAAUGCGUGAAAUACAGGAACAGCAGCAAGAGCUCGAAAAGAGAUUGGAGGAAGAGACGGCUGCAAAGUUGACAUCCAUGAAACAUCUCGCUGAGGUUAUCGCCAGCCGAAACAAUACCAAAGACGAGUCGACCAACACGAGAACGAAACCAGGAAAUAGCAUCGGGAAGGAACUUGUCAAGACCAUGGGGAAAGAAGUAUCACCGAAAACUUCAAUUGUACAGUGCACAACUAGUUCAACAAGCAUAAAUAGCCUGUCCAGUGUCACUAGUAGUGAGUCCGAGACUGCAAGUGUUGAAGAGAGCAGAGAACCAGGGGUUGGCAUGCGCCAGAGGAGUCGUGCUCUUAAAUCUGAGAUUGGCAGGUUGAGGAACGUCUAUUCAGAUGUGGAAGAUCAUCUGUCAAAAUUAGCAGAGGAAAACACCAACCUUCGACUUCGCAUAGGAAAGUUGAACCGGGAGGCUAAAGAUAUGAAAAAUCACAUGGACCAGUCAGACCUUGCCUGCGAAGAGUAUCAAGGAGAAAUAAAAAAUCUUGACAAGGUAAACUCUCAGUUGGAAAAGAAGGUUGCAGGAAUUACCAAAGAAAAGAUUUUCGUAAAAGAGAAGCUCGAAGCUGCGAAUGACGAGUUGACAAAACUGGAUUUAGAUCGCCGAAGGGCUGAGAGGGAAAUCCUCGAACUAAAUAAGAAAUAUGAAAGCCUCUCAAGAGAGAAACAUAACUUGAGUGAGGAGUUUGGGAAACUGGAGAAGUCUCACUUGGAAGCAAGCGCCAAAGCAGCAAAGUUAUCAAAGAUCAGUGCUGAAAGUGAGGUACAACUAGGGAUCCUUCGAGGACAGAUCGGGGAUAUGACCAUAGAAACAAAUCAACUUCGUGGGGAGAAUCAGGCUAAUUCAGACGCAAGACAAAGGGCUGAACGUGAGAAUCGGAAGCUGUCAUCUGAUCUGAAAGCAACUCGCAAGAUGAGCAGUGAACUUUCUGCUGAGGUCCUUCAAAUCAGAUCGAAGGUGGAUGCUUUAGAAGAUACUGUUAAUCAUCUGGAGUUAGAGAAUGCUCAACUCAAGGAGAAGAAUGUUCAUCUAGUUGCUAGUAAAGACGCACUGGCCAAGCAAGCUUCUGAUGCGGAAGAUAGGAACAUCACGAUAGUCGAAAGCCUCAAAGAACAGGAAUCAGAGUUGUACAAGCUCAAGAGAGAAAAUUUUGAGCUGCGAACAACUGUCGAACACAUAAACAUGAUUAAUGCAAGCAUCCGAACGAGAUUGGACAAUUGGGGCAAAGAAAGUGUUGAUAUUGGAAAGAGAAUGAAGCACUUGGUUGGAGUCAAGGCAGAGCUGCAGAGUUUUAUUCAACAGCUUAACUCUGUCAAUACCAACAUUGAAGAACGUUUUGAAAAGAUGGACUCUGAAUAUGCUGACUUAGAGCGUAAGUUACACGCAGUAGGCAAGAAAGACAACUGCGUUGAUGCCCAAGAGGUCACCCGUGAUUGCAUGGCUAAUGGCAAAAAUUCACCAAUCUUGCAAGAAAUCGACUGA